AAAAGAAAAAAAUAUAUAUACAUAUAUAAAAUGUAUUAUACCGACUCUAUAUCGGUGCUAUUAUGUUGUUUACAAGUCAUAACGAGAGAAACAUUAAUUAAAGUGUUAAUUAAUAAGCUCUUCACUCCCGCGCUCCUGUGCGGCGCUGCAGUUCCCCGCGCGGCCGCAGGGCAGCGCUGUUUCCCCAGUUGGUGAACUACCUCUAUUUGGUGAAGGACUCUAUGUUGUGAAAAUCUUUCAAAGUGAUAUUUUUCCGGUGUUUCCGGGACUCUCCUGGAGGUCUCGUUGAGUUGGGGGGCGCCGUGGGACCGGGUCUCCCGGAGGACUUGACCCGGUAGCGGCUUCGAAGGGUUUCGGAUCUUUUAAUUUUUUUUAUUGCAAAAACCCAAGUUAGCUGCGCCGCUACAUCCUAAAGUCACGUCAGCGGCGCGGACUCGCAUAACUAAAAAAAGUUCCGCGCUGCCUCCGCGGACCGACGGCGCGUUUCAGCCCGACGCCAUUAAGACAAAAAAGUGUGUUUCCGCGUCGCGGGGCUCGUCUCUGUUGCUCUCCCUCGCUGGCCGCUGCUCGCGAGGCCUGCGGGCUCGGGCUUCCACCGGGCUCGAGUUAGAGCCCGACGCCGCCGUCGGUGGGUCGGAGGCCGGCUGCUUUGGCGCCGCCACCGCCGGGCCUGCGGAGCGAGAGCGAUGGAACGGAUGGAGGUGGACCAGUGCGCAGGCGCAGCUGGCGGGGGCGGGGCGCUACGCCGGUCGAACAGCGCCCCCAUGAUCACCAGCGUCAGUGAUGGGAUGGCGGUCUUCAGUCCGGUGUCCUCAGCUCGAUACAGACGCAGCAGUGUGUCCAUCAACCCCAGCUGCCCCUCACAGCUCCUCCCCGUCUCUCCUUUCUCUCUGACCGGAGACCACAAGAAGCAGGAGGAGAACAUGGAGAUGAUGCUCAGAGGAGGUCUACAGAGACGAAGUGCCUCCGGUCUGGUCCCGGUUCCCCCAGUGAGUCAGUGGCACAGCCAGCAGGCGUCAGUGUGGUUCCGGUCUCAGGACAGCGGCGUGACCCCCAACUCCUCCCCGAGUCCCACCAGGAGGUUCAGGUCUGUUUAGUUUGUGACCUCUGACGUGACCUACAACGUGACCUCUGACGUGACCUCUUGUCUCCCAGGAGGGGUGGAGUCUGACGGACCCCCGAAGAAGCUGUUUGUUGCCGGGGUAACAGAUCCCGCCCACCGCAGCAGCUACACCGUCAGCGUCUCUCCUCCUGCAGGAGGCGCCAGCCCUCAGUCCAGCCCCCUGUCUCUCUCCCCUCCCCCCUCCCACCAGCACCCUGGACACUAGGACCGCCUCCCGACCCCGUGACCCUGUGGGUGCGGACCGACCGCCAGCAGCAGCCCGGGGGCGGGAUGUUUCUGCUCCAAUCGCCUGCUAGCGUCCCUGUAAGUCCCGCCUCUUCCUGAGACCACGGCAGGAGAAUCGCAGGAACUUGAAGACGUCGAUGUCGGGGAAAGUCUUUAGUGUUUUGGUUUGAAGCUUCUGAUCUGGUCCCGUUUGUUCCCAUUGGUCGGUCCGUCUGACCAGCCAAUGGGUGAGCUUUAAAUGAGGAUUAUGAUCCCUCCAAGUAAACAACGUACUAAGGAUUCAUCAUCGGCGGGAGGUCACGGAGGUCACGGAGGAUUGAAGAGCAGGAGGCCGUUGGAGGCUUCUGAUUGGUCACCAACAAAGAGGCAACGGCGCUCGGUGGCGUAAACAUUCCCUCGAAGGAGUCGGACCCUGAAACUGAGACGCGCUUCUUGGACGCCGUCCGACCAAUCAGACGACGGCGAUGAUGAUGAAGAUGAUGAUGACGACAAUCCAGGUCUUCUGAAGAAGGUCGAAUGAGGUCUUGAGUUGUAGUCAAGACCUCAUCAAAGGGUCUGGAUCGUCUCUGAAGGACUUCAGGAACGUUUUCUGGAAAUGUGAUCAGGUGACCCGGUGAUCAGGUGACCCGGUGAUCAGGUGACCCGGUGAUCAGGUGACCCGGUGAUCAGGUGACCCGGUGAUCAGGUGACUCGGUGAUCAGGUGACCCAGUGAUCAGGUGACUCAGUGAUCAGGUGACCCAGUGAUCAGGUGACCUAGUGAUCAGGUGACCCAGUGAUCAGGUGACUCAGUGAUCAGGUGACCUGGUGAUCAGGUGACUCAGUGAUCAGGUGACUCGGUGAUCAGGUGACCCGGUGAUCAGGUGACCCGGUGAUCAGGUGACCCGGUGAUCAGGUGACCCGGUGAUCAGGUGACCCGGUGAUCAGGUGACCCGGUGAUCAGGUGACUCGGUGAUCAGGUGACCCGGUGAUCAGGUGACCCGGUGAUCAGGUGACCUAGUGAUCAGGUGACUCGGUGAUCAGGUGACCCGGUGAUCAGGUGACUCAGUGAUCAGGUGACUCGGUGAUCAGGUGACUCAGUGAUCAGGUGACUCGGUGAUCAGGUGACUCGGUGAUCAGGUGACCUGGUGAUCAGGUGACUCGGUGAUCAGGUGACUCGGUGAUCAGGUGACCUGGUGAUCAGGUGACUCGGUGAUCAGGUGACUCAGUGAUCAGGUGACUCAGUGAUCAGGUGACCUAGUGAUCAGGUGACCCAGUGAUCAGGUGACUCAGUGAUCAGGUGACCCAGUGAUCAGGUGACCUAGUGAUCAGGUGACCCAGUGAUCAGGUGACUCAGUGAUCAGGUGACCCAGUGAUCAGGUGACCUUCAGCUCUGCCGUGGUGUCCUGGAGGUAUUGAUCUUCCCAUCGGGUGGAGCUGUGUAUCGAUCGGGUCACACUCGAUGGAUCAGAUCGUCACUUAUUGAGCGUCAGAUCUCGUAGAUGAAGACGAGGAUGAAGACAAUGAUGAAGACUAAACACACAACCCUGUAGAUCCAAAAGCCGUCGUGGACCUCCUGGAGGUUGAGCGUUCUGCGGUUCUGCCCACGGGACAGGGUUCUCCUGAUCUGAGGAACCGGUUCUCCCUGUGGACGCUUAGUGACUCACUGGGUCACGGUUCUGUUCAAGUUAAAGGUUCUGCUUUCUGACUAGUUUAAAGGUUCUACUUUAUAUAUAUAUUUAGAGACAUAUAUUUAUAUAUAUAUUUAGAUAUAUAUAUAGAUACAUAUAUUUAAAUACAUAUUUUUAUAUAUAUAUUUAAACAUAUAUAAAUAUAUAUAUUUAUAUAUAUAUUUAUAUAUAAAUAUAUAUAUUUAAACAUAUAUAUUUAAAUACAUAUAUUUAUAUAUAAAUACAUUAAUCGGACAUUAACCUCCCAUCACGCUGUGAUUGUCUUUCCGGUCUGGUUGCAUCAAAGCUCAUCAGCUGCUUUCGUGUUUUUUGUAAUCUUUUAUUCAUGUAUAAUUAUUUCAGGUCAAAGCUUUCUGUCGGACGCGUCUUCGGGAUCUGAACGUCUGUUUUUAUUGUUCUUCGUGUGUCUCUGUCGGUUUAUUGUCUCGUCACCGUUUCAGUAUUUAAAGUUUCCCUCUGGUAGAAAAAGGAAACGCGAUGGAACUGACCCGAUGUCCUCCCUUUAAGCCCCGCCCACAAAAGAGUCCAACGCUUUGAUACACAUUGAUCUAUAUAUUAUUAUAUAGUAUUACAUAUCUGAACUGAAGGGCUAUGACGCACAGAAACAUUCAUGAUUUAGUUUUUUUCUCACAAAUCAGUGAUUUUAAGAUCUCGGGGGGAAAAGAAGAAAAUCUACUUCCUGUUUUCGUGUCCUUAUGCUAAGCUAAGCUAACCGGUUGCUUUAUUACAGCAGAGUAAUAUCCCAAAUAAAUGUUUUUAACUCUGAACAUUUUAUUUUUUUAGAUCAAACACUUUAAGCACUUUACAAUGUAUAAAUCAAAGAACAAGAUUGUGUAUAUAUUUUGUUCCGUAAUAAUCCUCCGCUGUUGAACCCAGACACGCCUUCACUGAGGCUGCUCUGUCCAGGAAACAUCACACGCUCAAAAUGUACAUCGCUUUUAUUUGUUAUUGUUUUUAUUUUGGACAAAUUCUCUACAUAAAGAAAAAUGAGAUGAUGUAUUUUUAUGCAACUGUAAAAUAAAAGUCUAUAUUCAAGUGUUUAUUCCCUUCUGAGGAUUUCAUCGCUGUAAAAUGACAAUGAAAAUUCAUCUACAUACUAUAAAUAUAUAUAUAUUAUAUUGUAUAUAAAAACUCAAUAAAAUAUGUACCAUCGGAAUUAU